AAACCCCCCAAGGGUGGCACCAGUCAAGUCUUGGACGUGUAUGAGUUUAAUUCACCCCACUCUGCUGCUGCCGCUGGUGGCGGUGUGGCUCUUGCCAUGUACAACACAGAUGAGUCCAUCCGAGCAUUCGCUGAGUCAUCCAUGGCCAUGGCGUAUCAGAAACGGUGGCCGCUGUAUCUCAGCACCAAGAACACCAUCCUCAAGACCUACGAUGGCAGGUUCAAGGACAUUUUCCAGCAGGUGUAUGAAGACAAGUGGCAGAAGCGGUUUGAGGAGGCGGGGGUGUGGUAUGAGCACCGGCUGAUCGACGAUAUGGUGGCCUUCUGUCUUAAGAGCCCGGGGGCGUUCGUGUGGGCGUGCAAGAACUAUGAUGGGGACGUGCAAAGCGACAUGCUGGCUCAGGGGUUUGGCUCCCUUGGGCUCAUGAAGAGCAUUCUGGUGUGUCCGGAUGGGAAGACAGUAGAAGCGGAGGCAGCACACGGCACAGUGACGCGGCACUACCGUGUGCAUCAGAGGGGCGGGGAGACCAGCACCAACAGCAUCGCCUCCAUCUUUGCCUGGUCCAAGGGGCUUGCUCACCGCGCCUCUUUAGACGGCAACAGCAGGCUCGCAGCGUUCUCCAACCACCUGGAGGCAGCGUGCACUGAAGCGGUGGAGAGCGGUGGAAUGACCCGUGACCUGGCCCUGCUGGUGCAUGGAAGCAAGGUGUCGCGUGCAGACUAUCUCAACACAGAGGAGUUUAUAGACGCAGUUGCUGCCUGCCUUAGACAACGCCUGCUGAGUGGAGGGGAGGGCUGUGAUAGGCGUAGUAGGAUGUAG